AUGCGUCCGGCCCAGCCGAGUCCCCAGAAGAAGAGGCAGACACGGCGCGGAUGCGUCAUUGCUAGACGUUUCGUGUCGAUUGAACCUGCCGUCAGAGGCCCGGCCAACUUAUCACAACUCAUUGGUAACGACGCAACGAGGAGGCUUGUUAAUGCAGCGUCAUAUGCUGAACGAACCGUACUCGGAAGAGCCCUCGACCCUGCGUCCACGUUCGAAUCCUACUGUAUCUGGCAAACCCAUCAUGCUUCACCAGCCCUCGAGCCGCAGGCUCCGUCUCAGUGUACUCAAGACAUGUCCUGGCACAAUGCGAAGCAGCAUUUGCGACUGAUCGCGCUCAUUGGUCGUUUGGUGAAAUACCCCAUGGCUCGACAUGAUACGGCACGCUGCAGCCUCUCACGAGCGGAUAUUGUUCUCUGGGGAGACUGGGAGUGCUUCAAACCUUCUUUGUCUGCCGCUGGCCGAGAAAGGGUAGCUUCUAAACCCAAGGGUGCUCAUCAUCUCAUCUGCUCUGAUGUCAGAGGCCUUGGACCGGGCUAG